AAACUUCCUCUAGUUUGUUAGAAUGAUACAUUCAGUAAUUGUAGAAAUGAGACCUCGUCUACAAGUAUGCAAUGUUUUCAUUGCUACUAAGGAAUGCGUAAACAAAGAAGAAUCUGUCAAAAUUAACAUUAAAACUUCUGGCGUGGAAGUGACAUGGCUAGCAGAAACUUGUGAAAUGGUACAAGUGAUAAGUCUACAUGACUACAAACUGAAACCUGUUAGUUUGUCAGCAUUGCAAGUUCAGAAGAAUUCAGUGUCUUUUCGCAUACAAACUGAGCCUCUAAUUAAUAUUUUAGGAUCAUUUGCUAGUGAAAUUUUGCCAUUUGACCAAAGUUCAGACACAAUUGAAAGUGAUACUUCAAGACUGUUAACUCCAUGCAUUUAUACUGGAAAAGCAUAUCAGUUGUCAUGUAAAUGUUGUGGAAUGAUUAUGUCAAAACAAGAUAUCUUCUUCACAAGAGUUCUGCCUCUUCCAUCUUCAGCACUGUGGGAAACUGGUGAUUGGUUUUGCCACCAACAUUCAUGCUCCUCUAAUAUGGAGCACUCAGUUCUUGAACCAAAGGAAACCGAUUGCUUUUACGGCAUGUGUCAUAUGUUAUUAAACCCAUCAGUUUUGAAUGUCAGAAAUGGGCGAGUUCUGAGAUGCAGCAGAUGCAUGGCUUGGUUAGGCACACAUAUCAGCUCAACAGCAGUUAAGUUAUGGAACUGCACAACGUCCUAUGAAGGGAACAUUAAUUCAACAGCUCUGGAAGAUUUCAUAUAUACGGUUAGAAGUGCAUUUAAGAAUUCAUUUGGUAUGACGUGUCGACUUGUAUUGGAAACAAGAUCUUCAGAACAAGAGUCACAAUAUCUUUUGCUUUGGGCCAUGGAUAAAAAUCUUGACCUAUUAGUGGGUGGUGAAGAUGAUUUAUCCUGUAUGAAAGAGAAUGUGGGGAAAAUAAUAAUAGAAUGUAAAAUGGAGGUGAAGAAAACUAUGAAACUCUUAUACAUGUAUCAUAAAGAUUGUAACAGUGUGGUUAAGACAUGGCAAGAUGAGUAUAAUGUUCAGUGUCUUGAAGUAGCAAAGCAGAUGUUCACUGAAGGUCUUGAAUACCUGAUAAGAGGAACACAGUACAUACCUGUCCCAUAUAAAUUAACAAACAGUUUCUUUGUUACGUAUUUGGGAUUAUGACAUCAGAAUUAUAAACUUGUGGCCCUUCUGGUGCAAGUCCAACAAUUAACCACGGUACUAAGUGGUUCUGUCGUUCAUUUUAAAGAGGAUCAUGCAUGCAGCUGUGAUUUAUGCUUCGUUAUUUACUUUAGUUUAAUGGACCCUGCUUCAUAUAAAUAGUGUAUAAUACUAACUAGCCACGCGGAGCUGAGCCCUUCUUGAGAAGCCACUAGUUGCACAGCUGCUGAGGGAUUUCCCAACAUGUUAUGGAAACCAGUGGUUCAUUACCAUUUUCACAAGAGCCCUACAUUGGUCUCUAUCCUGAGCCAGAUCAUUCCAGUCCAUACCAUCUCCUCAUAUCUCUCUAAGAUCCAUUUUAAUAUUAUCCACCCACCUGUGUCUUGAUCUUGCUAGUGGGCUCUUUCCAUCUGUCUUUCCCAUCAAAAUCCUACAUACAUUCCUCUUCUCCCUCAACACAACACACCAUACAAGCCACAACCAAUCACUAUACAUGCUAUAUAAAGACCAAUAAUAUUUUAUCAGUAUGUGGAGAAUUAAUAUAUGAAGACUUCAGACACACACCUUGUAGGACAAAUAUAUAUGUACAUGUAAAAUAAUUUAAAAACAAAUCUUUUAGAACAUUUUAAUAUAUUAACAGCUCUAUGCUUUAACAUUGAGGUGUUGAAUAACUUUUGUUUUGACUGUAAUUAUAAAUUUAAUUAAUUAUCUCAGCAGGGGUCUGUGGCGUUCACCCAAUCUCCUGUUCAGAGGGUGUGGGGGGCUCUUUCCCUGGGAGUAAAGCAGCAGGGAGUGAAGCUGACCACUCACUUCCAGCUAGUGCUGAGGU